CGACUUCAUCGCACAUACCAUGUCCUUUGCGCCCACGCUCUUCAGUGACAAUGGCAAGGCACUGCCCCUAGCCAACACGGACGAAGUGUUCAUUCUGGAGCGACCGUCGAUCGCGUUCCAGUGCCUUGUCGACGGACAUAAGUUCAAGGCCUCCGGUCGCAUCUACAUAACGACUCAGCGACUCGUGUUUUGCGCCGACAAGGCCGCAACGCAGCACGGUCGGUUCUUUCAAGCCUUUGAAAUCCCACUGGAUAACAUUGCGGACGACAAGUUCAACCAGCCAAUGUUUGGCUCGUGCAACAUUUCUGGCGACGUCUUCCCGGUGGGCACGGACGAAGGGGACGUGGCGACGCCGAUCGAGUGGCGUGUUUCGUUCCCGAACGGUGGCACAGGCACGUUCUUGCCCAUCUUUCUUCGCCUCAUGGAGCACAAGAAGCAUGCGGGGCUUGUCGACGAGGCGUUUGCAGAGAAGCAGCGCAAGGCGUAUGUGGACCCGAACGACCCAACGGUCAUCUAUGUUUCGCAGCCCUUUAUCUUUUGCACGGACGCCGCCACAUCGCCUCGCAUGAUCCUCCCGCGCUACUCUGUCUUGAUCCCGACGCUCGUAGUCCUCAGCUACGGCGUGUACCAAGCCUGCCUUGAGCCUGCCCUCGGUGACGAGUGCGCCACGGACGACGACACCGACGAAGCGGCCAUUGACAUUCUGCCGCGUAUCGUCGUCAAGGUGGCGCACACGGGCAAGUCGAGCCUCCGAAAGGCACGGAAAGCGAGACCCACCAAGCGCGUCCACUUCCAACUGCCUCUUGCUUGCGAUACCCACCAAGACGACCACCGCCAUCUCAGCAGCUGCAAAGACAUGGUGCUUGCGCCGACCACGCGGCCCCGGCGACACAGCACCGGUGCAAUGACCGCCGGACCACUCGUCGUGUAG